AUGACCAUCUGCAUCCUCAUCGUGGGCACGCGCGGAGACGUUCAGCCGUUCCUGGCCAUUGCUCAGCGCCUUCAACGCGACGGCCACCGCGUUCGCCUCGCCACUCACGCCGUCUACAGAGACUUUGUCAUGAGCCACGGCGUCGAGUUCUACCCUCUAGGGGGCGACCCGAAAGAGCUGGCCGCCUACAUGGUCAAGACGGGCGGCCACCUCAUCCCCACCAAGAUCGAGACGCUCACCAAGGACGUGCCACGCAACAGGACGAUGAUCAACGAGAUCGUGCUCUCCACGUGGCCAGCCGUAUCGGACGCGGACCCCGACGGUGGAGGCCCCGGCGUGCCCGGUCCACCGUUCCGAGCCCAAGCAAUCAUCGCCAACCCCGUGUCUUAUGGGCAUAUCCACGUGGCCGAACGCCUCGGAGUGCCGCUGCACAUCAUGUUCCCGCAGCCGUGGGUGCCCACAAUGGCGUUCCCCCAUCCGCUGUCGAAUCUAGCCUACACUGGCAAACUUCAGAAGAAGAACUACCUGUCCUACAAGCUCGUGGACCUCAUCAUGUGGCAUGGCACGGAAGGGAUGAUCAACGAGUUCCGAAAGGAAGUACUGAAGCUACGCCCCAUCCGCAACGGAGACCUUGGGUCGGAGCUGCUUCUGGAUCUGGAAAUACCCCACGCGUUCAUGUGGAGUCCGCAGCUUGUGCCGAAGCCAGCGGACUGGGGGCAUCUUUACGACGUCAUCGGUACAGUGUCCCUGAAGGAGGCUGCAUCCGUCUACUCCCCAUCCCCAGAGCUCGAGGCAUUUCUCGGCGACGACGGAGGACCUAUCUUCGUUGGAUUCGGCUCCAUGGUGCUGGCCGACCCGCUAGCAACCACCAAGAUGAUCGUUGAAGCAGCCACUCAGGCCAAUGUCCGCGUGCUGAUCCAGUCCAGCUGGAGCGACAUGGCCGGCGACCUCGAAAUCCCUAGCAACGUCUUCUUCCUUGGCAACUGUCCGCACGACUGGCUCAUGCCCCGAGUGUCAGCCGUCGUUCACCAUGGUGGAGCAGGCACCACAGCCGCUGGUCUACUCGCUGGCAAGCCCACCUUCAUCGUCCCCUUCUUCGGAGAUCAACCCUUCUGGGGCCAAGCCGUCGUCAGUGCCCGCGUGGGGGUGGCGCCUUGCCCCAUCGCCCAACUGACAACUGAGGUACUGCGCAAGGCUUUCGUGGAUCUUCAGAACCCAGAGCUACGCACUAGGGCCGAGGCCUUGCGAGACCUCAUGCCGCAGGAGGACGGCGCCGAAGAGGCUGUACGCAGCUUCUACCGGCAUCUACCAGCGCACGAUAUGUGGUGCGACCUGGACCACCAGCGCAUCGCCACCCAGUGGAGUGACCACGACAAGAUCAAACUCUGCGACCGCUGCGCCUUCGUCCUCAAGGAGCGACCGGGUAACAGGCACAAGAAGCUGCUGCGCUACAACGCCGUCGACUAUUCCGCUCGCGGUCCGGGCUCACUGCUCACUGGAGUGGCCACGGGGGUCGUCGUCUUCGCUCAUGAGUUGACUGGGGCGAUCACUGGAGUUCUAUCCCAACCAGCCAAAGGCUUGAUGAAAGGAGGCGUCAUCGGAGCUGCCAAGGGGACCGUAGCGGGGGUGUACUAUCUUCUGGUGCGACCCGUGCAUGGUGCGCUGCUGCUGGCAGACAACGCAGCUACAGGCCGGAAGAACGCGAACCGAGAGGAGGGCCACCGGAAGCUGAACAGCGUGUUCGACCGCCACCUGAUGGCCGCCUUGGGAGCAGAAGAUGGCUUGGCUGGCACCUUUUCCUCCGCACUGCGUCCAAACGCUGUUGACAUUGUGAUUUUCGUGCGAAGGGAAGACCGGAAGAAAAUGCUGAAGCGAUUGCGACGAGAUGAGAAGCACCGCUACCGUGGUCGCUAUGAAGCGCUCCUGAAGGCUCAAAAGGCCAAGACCACCGGGGCUCACGACAUCUUAAGCUCGAGAAGGCAGUCACACCCAAGUGACGAUAUCACUCUUCUGGAGGCUGACACUAUCAGCAAUCUCAGCAACACGAGCACUGUAGUCGAGAGCGUGGAGGCGAUUGGUCACCCAGAACCGCGAAUUACGCUGCAAACAGCCCCGCUUACACCAAGUGGGGCAGUGGAAAUUACCCUCAAUUUUGCCGAUGAGUGUGCUGACAUGGUUGACCCGUCAACGAUUAAGGAAUGGGAAGCGUAUUCGACUUGCCAGCAUCAAACGCCUGGGCAGACAGCGCCCCCGGUACCAACCAUGAAUAUCUGCCUCGCCCCGAUUGGCACCUGGAAUAACGGCGUGAAGCAGUUCGUCGCAAUCGGGAUCAAGCUCAAGGAGCAGGGACAUCGAGUACGCGUGGCCGCCAAUGAGCGGUUCCGAACCGAGAUCAUGACCCGAGGUCUCGAAUUCUACCCCCUCGCUGGCGGCCCCGAGAGUAUCCAGGACUUUGCAAAGUUCGUGUACGACAGCCAAAGCGCAGCUCAAACUGCAGCGCCAGGUCGACUGGGCGCUGGUGCUAUUCAAGCGUUCAAGGAGCUCAUGUACUCGUUGUGGCCCGCUGCAUACGGAUUCGACCCGCAUGGCGGGGGCACAAAUAUCCCUGGAGUGCACUUUCGGGCGGAUGCGCUGUUGUGGCACCCACUACUGCUCGGGCAUGUUCAUGUUGCCGAACGACUUGGCAUCCCCCUCCAGUGCGCCAGCUUGGAACCCCUCUCACCGACGUGCUAUUCCCCCCAUCCUUUGAGCUCGAUCACUGGCCUCGACUCAACUAUCAUGACGCUGUGCCAAAGCAACCUGCUCACCUACGGAAUCGUGGACACGACGUUUUGGCGUGGUGGCGUGGCUGAAGUGUUGACCCAGUUUCGCGCCUUCAUCGGCCUCCAGAAGCGUUGCGACCGCCCUGAUCCGCUGGUGCGGUGGGAAGUUCCUCACAUUUACCUCUGGAACCCUGCGCUGAUGCCGAAGCCAUUGGACUGGGGAGCGGAGCUGUCAGUGGUUGGUCAUGUGACACUAGGCCUCACCGCUGGAAUCAGUCGACGGAAACGCAGGAAGCGCCAGAAGGAGAAUAAGCGCUUCAAGUGGCCCAGUGCACUCACCGAGUUCGCAUUCCAGGCGCCCACUCCACCAGUCAUUUACUUCGGAGUCUCCACGCGAGCAAUGUCGUCUGGUACUUUGGAUGAGUUAUUGCAGAAAGUGGACGCUGCUGCUGCUAAGCAACAGGUGAGAAUCGUUUUCCAGACUCGGGAAGUCGGGAACAAGCAGCGAGCGCUUUACCAGUCUGAAAAUGUGCUGGAAAUCCCCAGCGAUUUACCGUAUGCAAGGCUCUUCCAAGAGCAAGCUGUGGCUGGAGUGAUCCACUGGGGUGAGCCCGAUAUCGUUGCGGAAAGUCUCUCGGCUGGCAAACCCAUCGGCAUGUGUGGCACACACUCGUGCCAACAGUUCAUGGCUAAUGUUUGUGAUCGAGCCCAAGUAAGUCUACCGUUGAUCGACUGGAGAACGUGCACAGUGGAGACUCUUGCCUCGAGCUUUGGGGCUCUGCUGACACCAGACAUCCGAGAGAAAGCCCAGACGUUAGCCACCACGUUCAACCCCACGCAAGCCCUCGAAUCCGCUGUCACAGCCUUCUACGCCAACCUCCCGAUGGAAGCCAUGCGCUGCGACGUGGAUGCGACCAAGCUCGCACGGGUGUUUGACUCGCGCCACGGCCUCAAACUGUCGCUCCCAGCCUACGUCUCCAUCCAACCGAGAUACGAUGAGAGCAAGGGCUUUGUGCCGUACAAGCCCCUCCGGUUCGGAGGAGACCGCGCACCAAUGUUCUUCAUCCGGGGAAACCGGGCAGAAUCAACAUGCGACGCAAGGCCAACUCGUCAGUACGAUGGGGUUGAGUUGGCGCUGGGGAUUAUUGAAGGUGGUCGCGACAGCUCAUCCAGCAGCUCUUCGUCUUGCAGUCUGGUUGUUGUCAGUCCUGCUAAAAUCGCCCUCUUCUGGUCGUCUGCUGAAGAGGAAGCAGCAGUGCGCAAAGCCACCAACGUGGCCUACGAUCGACUCGUCAAGAAGGCGCAGCGCAAGAGCAAGCGUGAGGCAAUUAGGCGGUUCUUUGGCGUGGGCAAUGAGGCCAGGCGUCGGGAAGAAGAGCUGAGAUACAUUUUGGUGGAGUAG